UGUGUUUGUUCAAUUUUCAGAUGGGGUUUGAUAUUGUGGAAAACACUGCUGGGCCUGAUCAGUGGAAUGAGCUAUUCAAAAAUAUAUGAGAGUGUUGAACUCGAAUUGCAAAUCUUCCAAACGGCAGCCAUUCUAGAGAUAGUUCACGCAGCGAUCGGUAUCGUUCGUUCACCAGUUGGAACAACUGCAAUCCAAGUCUUCUCUCGUGUCACCGUCGUUUGGAUGGUCCUCUACAAAGUUGUUUCGGCUCGUGACAGCAUCGGUGUGCCGAUGCUUUUAUUGGCAUGGUCAAUCACUGAAGUUGUCAGAUACAGUUACUAUGCGCUCUCGUUGAUUAACUCUGUGCCAAGAUUACUCGUAUGGAUGAGGUAUACAUUUUUCAUCAUUCUUUACCCGAUGGGUGCAUCUGGAGAGGUUUUCACAAUGUUUGCUGCACUACCUGAGGUAGCUCUGAGGAAACAUUUCACGAUUGAAAUGCCAAAUGCGGCCAAUGUGACAUUCUCAUUUUGGUGGUAUCUGAUUGGACUCAUACUCUUCUAUGUUCCGGGUUUCCCUCAGAUGUAUUUUUACAUGUUCGGUCAACGAAAGAAGGUUCUGACAAGAGACGCCGAGAAAAAACUUGAAUGA